UUUAUCCCCAGACAAAAUUUUCAAAAAAUUCGUAUUAUAUAUUCGUAAUUUACCACUGAUAGAUACAUAAUCACAGUAAAUAUCUACAUUAUGUGCGUGAUAAAAUAGAGAAACCUCAACAGCGAUAUGACACCCCAAAAUGCCUAAAGUUAUUGAAUUAACUAUUGAAAUAGAUGUUCAAAAGGUAUCAUGCCCAGGAGUUUGGCUUUGCCAGGAUGGCCGUGUAUCCCUUACAGUAUUUGCAUUGGGGACGAGUUACCAAACCUGUCUGCUACCCCCUUUAUUUCCACUUUUGUUUAGAGAUGUUUUCUACUUCAGGAAGAGGUUCCAAGAAAGUUGUGCACUGAAUAAUAUCUGCUGUUUGUUAAAGGAUGAAACAAUAUACUGUGAACUAGUGCAAUGGUGUGAAGAUUGUGCAAGAAAUGAGUGUGUGAUCCUAGCACAGUAUCUUGGUGCUCUCAAUGAUGUUCUGUUCCCUCCAAAUAUGUGUUCCACAGAUGGAGUUGAUCUGCUUAUGCGAAGGUCUAAAGAAUUUCCGGGUAUUUUGUCACCUAAAAUCGAAAUUUCUACAAAAGUGCGAAUAGAUGAAGUAUGGAAUCAGGCUUGUAACUUAUUCAAUACAACAAAAGUUAAGGCCUGCCACUGCAAUGCCAUGGAUACAGAAGUUACCAGACAGAAGCAGGUCUGUCAUUCAGCACAAUAUCAUAGAAUCAAAUGCAACCAAAGCAGAAGAAUGCCAUCCAGAUCUCGAUCUCGUUCAAGGGGAUCUAGGUCUAGAUCGCGGUCUUGUUGCAGUCUCGACGCCAAUGAUCCUUCAGUUUACGCGUCCUGCCGAUGUCCCAAGCAAUCCAUGGAUACUGAGAUGCAACUCCCAAGUGAAGAAAGGAUACAAAAGUUAUUACUUGAAAGCAGAUACAUUGAUCUCGACCAGCAAAGUAAAUGUUCAGACAAAAAGAAAUAUAGCUUUAAAGUAUCGCCUUGCUUGUGCGAAAUUUGUAAACGGUACCAUGAACUGUUUCAUUCGGAUAGUUGAUACCAAAGGGCAUAGACCAUAGACAAACAUCAAUAUUUUUUUAUAUAAAUCUUUGCAGGUAUUAAAGAAUUUUUUUUGUAGGACUUUUGAUGCACUGUACUCAAAUAUUAAAGACUGUUUUUUGUAUUAUCAUAGAAAAUUGUAUAUACUUAUGAAUCGUAUUAAUUUAUUGUUAUGUUAUUUAAUGAAUUUAAUUAUUAUAUUAUUCUGUUAACUCGACCGAUCAAUUAAUAGGAAAAAUAAAGCAUUAACACAUAUUAAU